CCAGUGCAUCCAUUCUCUUGUCGAGCCCCCAACCAUGACGCCUGUGUGGCUCGCGCCUGCGUCUAGUUCUGUUUUUGGCGCCUUGUACGUCAUGGCUUAAGAUCUUCGGAAAGGGUCCAUAAAACUCGCCAGUGCUGCUGCAGCACGCGCGUAUGAGGUUGUGUCUGGUCCUGGCCUGUUUUCUCUUGGGCCUUCUUAUUGGGCUUCGCUAUACUUGACCGCUUCGUUUCACCAUAUCUUCCCAUUCUCAUCGUUUGAGUUUGCAUUGUUUCGUCGUGCUUCUGGUUCUCCCUCUUGCAAUCAACCACUCUCACACUACACGCGCCACACCCGUCCGCCACACCUGCUGCACCCUUCCAUCGCCAUGCCAUUCUUCUCUCGCAACCGCGCGUCGGAGAAUACAACGGCCACGCCUGUCCCCGAACUUAGCAAAGAGCAAAUCAAGCUCGCAACCCGCCGUCGCAAAAGAUGGGCGCUGGCAACCUCCUUUUUCCUCUUCCUCACCUUCAUCUUCCUGGUCCUCGUCAAUAUCGCCGGCGUACGCAACAAGCCCGUUAUCAGAAAUUGGUACUUUAUUCGACUCGAUCUGAGUAAAAUCGUACCCGCUAGCGUGCCCAAUUUCGCCCUCAUCAACACUAUCGCCCAAACGCUGGGUCUUCAUGAUUUCUACCAAGUCGGAUUAUGGGGCUUCUGCUCGGGGUACAAGGGCCAGGGCGUGACCUUUUGCAGCAAGCCGACAACCCUGUAUUGGUUCAACCCCGUCGAGAUUCUGCGUAAUGAGCUGCUUGCGGGAGCGUCGAUCAACCUUCCUGCAAACAUCAACGACAUCUUGGACCUGAUCCACCUCGUCUCCAACUGGAUGUUUGGUCUCUUCCUUACCGCCACUGUCCUCUCUUUCGUCCUCAUCUUCGUCAUGCCCAUCUCCGUCUACACACGCUGGCUCACCCUCCCUGUCGCCAUUCUCGCCUUCCUCAACGCCCUUUUCGUCACCGUCGCGUCGGUCAUCGCUACCGUCAUGUUUGUCAUCUUUCACAACACUAUCACUGGCGUGUCAGAGCUCAACAUUGGGGCGGAUAUUGGGACAACGCUAUUCGCCUUCAUGUGGGUGGCCAGCGCCUUUGCGAUUUUCGCAUGGCUUGUGCAGACGGGGCUUUGCUGCUGUUGCGCGUCAAGACGAGACGUCAAGAAGGGCAAGAAGAGAGGUAACGAAGAGGCUUAUCAGAUGGACGCUGCUCCGGUAACCGAAAAAGCACCAAAGAAGAAAUAUGAGUUUUGGAAGCGUGGAUAAAAUCCUCUUCUCUACUCAACCAUUAUUGUGGACGACCAUUCUCCUACCAACAUUACUAUCAUACAAAUAGAUACACGGACAAGGAUAUUGUCACCGAAAAGAAAAGACCAGGCGUAGAUCAUAGCCAUUUUUUCAACUGGGUCAUUGAUGACCAGUAAUUUGGACCCCCAAAACAUUGGGGUUCUUUUAUUUUUUCUUUUAACGAGCGCGGCGUUGGGUUUUCUUGGGCAAAUCUUUCUGACAUGGCAAUACAUAGUGCGGCGCAACAUGGGCGGUUUUGCAUGUGAGCAUGACACACACAUCCCAGCAUGAACAUGUCUCUACUGUAGACAUAUACGGACUUAUAUAUGCAAAAAAAAGCAUAAUGAUAUCUCUGACUUGACAAC